AUGGCUGGUUUACCACGAAGAAUAAUAAAGGAAACUCAACGUUUAAUGGCUGAACCAGUCCCAGGAAUUAGUGCGAUACCGGAUGAAAGCAAUGCUAGAUAUUUUCAUGUUGUUGUUGCAGGACCAGAAGAGUCACCAUUUGAAGGAGGAGUUUUCAAAUUGGAAUUAUUUUUACCUGAAGAAUAUCCUAUGUCAGCACCAAAAGUUCGUUUUAUGACAAAAAUUUACCAUCCUAAUAUAGAUAAAUUAGGUCGAAUAUGCUUAGAUAUAUUGAAAGAUAAAUGGAGUCCAGCACUACAAAUUAGAACUGUGCUGCUUUCUAUUCAAGCUUUACUUAGUGCACCAAAUCCAGAUGACCCAUUAGCAAAUGAUGUUGCUGAACAAUGGAAAAUAAAUGAAGCUGAAGCUAUCAAAACAGCAAGAGAAUGGACUCGUUUAUAUGCCAUGAAUAAUUGAAGUCUCAAAUUCUUUGCAACUGAUUUCUAGUUGAUCUCCAAUACCAUUGGACUCAUCAUUGAUUGUCCAGCAACUGAAGCAGCCCUCUAUGUUGUGGUUGCUGUGUUAAGCUCCGCUUACCAGAAAAAUAGCUUAGAAAUUCAUUUUACAUUUAUGCAGUUUUUGUUACAUUUGCAAUUUUUUCAUGCAACAAUAACUUGCUGCAUUUGUACAUUAUGUUAUUUUUCAUAUAAUCAGCUUAUGGGAAUUGGAGCGGGUGUGUGCUGUUCAACAUUGUAAAGUAAUUGCUCUUUGUGUGAAUUAUAUUUAUUUAUGAAUAGAAUUGUUGUUAUAAGCAAGAUUUGAUUGGCCAUUUAUUGAGUAUGCUUUCAAGAUGUUGCUCAAAACUGAUUUUGUUAAUAUUAGCUUUGUAAAUACAUGUUUAUUUAACAGAAACAAAUUAUAUAUGAAUUUAUUGUACAUUGAAAUGAAUAUCAAAUGUGCCGGCAAAUGUUUGUCUUAUUUCAAGUAAUGUUCAGGGAACAUUGUUUUUGUGCUUAGUCUUUCUAAUUUUGCAUAUACACGUGAUACUUCAGCUUGAAAGAUUUUAUGUAAAGUAAUUUCCUUUGUAAUGCACUUUGCUGCUGUCUUAAUUUUCUGUCUAUGUUUAUUAAAGUCGUAUGUGAAGUUGAUUUUUGUGCGUUCACCCCAUUUGCUUUAUGAAGUACAACAUUUUAUGAACCAAACUUAUUAAAGAUUGGAUUUUAAUUUAACUUGUACAAUUGCGUUAUGUUUAGUGUUGAUUCCUUUCAUAGUUUUUUUACUUGGACAAUGAAACAGUUUUUUAUGUGUUUCUUAUAUUGGAGCGAUUAAAAAAUGAUGUUCUAAUUAUUGUGAUACAUUUUUUUCUUCCCAUGUUUAAUCGUGAAUCAUUCAAAAACUUUUCAACACUUCAAUUUCCUAAUUAUUCUAUAUAAAAUUUCAGCUGGUUACGAGAUACAUGUGUGCAUAGUAUUUCUGUGAGAACUGUAGUUUUUUUUUUCCUCUGCAAUUUGAAAAUAUUAAACUUUAUUGAUGUCUUGGUUGUUCACCAAUCAUUUAAUAUCCACUGAGAUGCCAUCCUGUUUGCCGUCCAAUUUGUUGCAGAGGCAACGUCUUGAUCUCAAAAUGCAAGUUUGAAUUACUAAUGCAUAUUGAAUAUAAUAACUGGCAUUAAGAAGACAUUGAUAAUAUUGUACAAUCUAGGAAGAUUACCAUAAAUAUAUCAUGUAAUUCUAUACCUUAUCGGGGUAAUUUUUAAAGUUGUAUUUUGUAAAAUCUUGCUUGUUUCUUUGUUUUUCUUUUUAAAGUAUACAAGCCUGAAAGCUGAUAUAUCAGAGAUACUAGUUUUAUAUUUAAUUUCUGUAUAGUUGUGAAGAAGUUUCAGAAUACUUUUUAAAAAUUUCCUAUUUUUAUGCUUUUUAUGUUUGGAAAAGCUAUAAUAAAUAGUGUCUUUUUUGGUUACUAUCAUAUUACUUUUACUUUGGUCAGAAAAAAACUCUUAUAUUAACUGAUUUUUUUCUUUCAUUUAAAUGUGGUGAGUUAGAGAAUCACACAGAUGAGAAUAAGA